CGCUCAGACAGCAGCAUUCCAGGAGAGAGGAGCUGGAAAGCCUGAAUCCAGCUGUGGGGAGCUCUGGAGGCCAUCUUAGCCCUGCUUAGAAGAGAGCUGCCAUGUGCACGGGGAGGUGUUCAAAGUGCAUUGGGAUCACCCUCCUCCCACUGGCAGUAUGUGCCAUUGUCUCCAACAUUCUACUGUACUUCCCCAAUGGACAAGUACUGCAGCUCAGCGAGAUAACUGAUUUGGUCUGGUUUUUCCAUGGCAUUCUGGGAGCUGGGAUACUGGUUAUUUUGCCGGCAUUCAUGACGCUGGGAGCAGGUGGAGCAGGAUGUUGCGCUAACAGAUGUGGGAUGCUGCUGUCAAUGAUCCUGUCUGUGCUGGGAUUUGCAGGAGGAGCAUACUGUGUGGUCAUCUCUUUGUUGGGUCUGAUUGGGGGUCCUCUGUGUGACACAGGUGAUGGAGAAUACCUCUACCCUUUCAGGAAUGACACUCUGGAAGACAAUUAUUUGUUUAACCAGACAACAUGGAGCAUUUGCAAACAACCUGAAAACAUCAUCCUUUGGAAUAUUGUCCUUUUCUCUAUUCUCCUGAUCAUCGGUGUGAUUGAAGCUAUUCUUUGCUUCAUUCAAGUCAUCAAUGGACUCACUGGCUUCAUAUGUAGCACAUGUAUGAGGAGAAGAAAGACAAAUAUUUCUGGAAUGUGAAUGACCUACAAGGAAUGCCAAGACAAGCCCAAAAAUGCUGAUUCACAUACAAUAAGGAUAGUGCACUGUGCUGUUUUAUUUAUGGGGGGGACAACGAAAAAAAACAAUGUUCAGGUGUUUCACGGAGCAAAAUAAUUUUUUUAUAAAGAAGUCAGGGUAGAAAAGGGCUAGAUCAUCUCAAUCUGAGACUCCACAUUUUCAUCUCUCUAAAAAUACCUGCUAAACCUCAGGUACUGGCAAAAACAUUAAUCUGUCUGGCCCUUACUGCUGUACUUUUGUGUAAAGCACAACAGUCCUCAGAUAAAAGAUCACCACUUGCCCUCUCAUGUAUGUGGGAAAUAGAGAUGUUGUUAACUUAUCAGCUGCAUGAAGCAGCUGCUCUCUGGCUGAUGUAAAUAAUAUUCUGUCCUCCCCAAAUCUCACCAUGAGCUCACCUAUCUCUUCCUAUUAAUUUUCAAAUGGGGCACUCACAGAUUUGAAUGAGGAUGAACAGAGAAUAUAUCGAGCAGUGUUUGAGACACUGCAGAGGGAACUGGAGAACAUGGUUUUCAGCUCUUUCUGCCACCCUGGAGCCAGGUCCCCUUGCCAGAGCCCAGGGCACUUCUAAAUUACUUCUUCAGGAGCAUCUGAGAGUUGUGGCAGCCUUAGAGGAGCGUUUGGGUCAACACAGACAGUAGGGUUUGCAGCAAGAGUUUAGAAAUGUCUGGUUUAACAAAAGGGUAAAGAACCUCACCACCAAUUUUGCCUUCAUGAAACUGCCUAAGAAUUUCACUAACUUCCACACAGGUUUAUAGGGCUGUUCUAGAAUAGAGCACAUGGAUCAAGGAAUUAACUCACCAAUGAUAAAUGUAGUAAUUAUGUGCAGCUUAGUAAUAAAUAGAAGCUAUAAUCUGAAGGCAGAAAAUUGCAUCAGCAUUAGUUUUUUAGCAACGGCAAUACCAACCAGGAACUCCAUAAUUCCUCAUCAUCACUCAAGAGCAAGCUCUUAAUCUUGAGCUAAUGUCCAUGACUGGGAAAUUCCAGAAAACUCAUCAUUUCAGUGACUUCCUCAAAGGUUAAUUCUUGGAGAUGAACUGUCUUUGGCAGCCAAACUGUGAAAUAAUCUUUACCCAUCCUGAAUGCACGUAGGCAGCUAUGAAAACCUCAACAUACUUAAAGCACUUUGAAGAUAUUUUUCCUGAUUUAUGUUUCCUCAGAGUUGUUUGUAUUUCUGCACUGUAGUGUGGGAGCAAGCUCUUUAAAUGCACUUAUUGCAGAUAUGUGGCUUGUUGUGCUGUCCUUUAAUGCAACAUGCAAAAUGCUUCACAUUCUCCUUUAUAUAAAAUUAAGACAAAAAGGUCAGUUGCCUAGAUGAGGAACAUAUGCACCUUGGAGCAUAGUUUCAUGCCUAGAAGGAGGAAAUUUAACCUAUUAAAUUUAAAUGCAACUUCUGUGAAAAAGAAAGUGUAAGACUUGUUGAAGUGUGCAAUCCAUCACUAGGUGCAUCCAAACCUGCCAGGUGGCUUAAAAAGCUCAUGUUCUUUGCCAGCAGUGAGGCAUGGACAGUGCAACCACAUACAGCAGACAGCAAACCAGGAAAAGAGUUUAAGAGGCAGUGGGAAAGAAGGAUAUUUGCAUGUAAUCAGGUGGAGAGAGACUCCUUCAUCAGCACAGGGGCUCUAUGAACUCUUCAAUCCCUAAAUACCCACCCUUCCUCAUCCCUUAGUUUUGACUCCCUGACUCUCACCUUUGGGACAAAGCCAAGUUUGGAUGUGCUUGCACCAGGAGAGGAAGAGAUACCCACUGGCACACCUCCCGCACAGGAAAAUAAGUGCACUGUGCUGCUGCCAUCUGCUUGUUCCAGGCUGUCCUGCCCUGGGGAUGUCUGUGUGCUCCUGGGAACACUCUCUGUCCUGCCAACCAUGUGACCACUGGCCUCACUGAUAUAUGUAAAUAUUAAAAAUUGCUAUUCUGAA